CAAGAAGCUUUACAACACGAUGUUCACAUCAUGAACUGAAGCAUGUGUAUGGUCAGGCGUGCGAUUAGUUGACGUUUUCUUGUCCCCGGAAGGCGCUAAUCCCUCCACGGGAAGACGCGCGAUACGGUAGUUGGAAAACGCACAAUGGUUGUGCACGUGAGCGGCUGGCAUAGAAGCGCACUUUCAUCACCACUAGUAGGGACUCAGGCAGCUAUGCUUUCUUUUUUUAAGCUAUCACGGCGCCGCUCGCACCAGUACAGCGCAUCGUCUUCAUCAGCUCCGAGCGGAACUGGCCUCGAGCUCGCGGAUUACCCUUCGACAAGCAACCCUGUAAUGCCCAGCAGCUCAGCAUCUGACAGCUACGCAAGGCCAGCGACUUUGCCACCUGGAAAGGCUCUGCAACUUCGCACAAGUGUUUGUUAUUUGCCUCAUCCUGAGAAGGUGCACUAUGGUGGCGAAGACGCUCACUUCAUUUCGGAGUAUGGAGGAGGAGUACUCGGCGUGGCUGAUGGUGUUGGGGGCUGGCAAGAGAGCGGCGUGAAUCCUGCAGGUAAAGAAGUGAAUAUAUCCUUUCCAUUUUCACUAUAUGUCCUAAAGUUUUCUUUUUCAGAUUAUUCGCGGACGCUCAUGCAACUGGCGCGGGCUUACCUGGAAGGCAAGGACAUCUUUCAAGACCUUGUUUCCUCAAGGCAGGGCGUGCACAUUGAUCCCAGGGGAGCGUUGGAGGCCGCACACAUGAACACGAAGGUGCCCGGUUCGGCAACCGCGUGUGUGUUGCAACUUGACCAAGUUAAUGGCGUUCUCAUGGCUGCUAACCUGGGUGACAGUGGCUUCGUUGUAAUUCGAGAGGCAAGGGAAUUGGUUCGUUCGAAGCCAUUGCAGCAUUACUUUGAUUGUCCUUUACAGUUUGGCGCAUUUCCUGAGUUUGUAGAAGCUACCGAUACGGCUGACAUGGCUGAUAUCUACAGAAUCGCCCUCCAACCUGGAGAUGUUAUCGUUGCCGGAACGGACGGUCUCUGGGACAACUGCUACGUGACGGAAAUAAUACCGCUGCUACCGAAGGGACCAGCAGACGUCCAGGCCUCGGCUGACGCCAUCGCGGCUGCUGCCCGGCGUCAUGCAAGCGACUCCGAAUAUGCAUCACCUUACACGCGCGAAGCCUUGUCUCAGGGCUUGGACCUGCCAUGGUGGGACAAGCUCCUUGGCGUAUCUUUUAAAGGAGGCAAGGUGCACUUCAAGCAGCUUACAGGAGGCAAGAUGGAUGAUAUCACUGUGCUGGUAUCCUUCGUUGACGUGGUGGAUGCUCCAUCGUGCAUUUCAGCUGCAACAUCGGAAGUGACUGGCAACGGGAUGAGAUGCCCUGCUUCCCUCGAGGACAAAGAGUUGUGGGCAGGGCGGCAGCUGGAACUAUCACAGUAAAAGAGCUGGAACCAUUGAUUUCGUAGGGCAAGAGUCCUAGAGUCUUGUGUUGCUGGAGCAUGAGUUCAGUGAAAGUCGUUGCUUUUAGCAGGAUGGUGCCAUCUUGUUCAAGUCCGCGCUUACAUGGCAGGCAAGUGCUUGCUACUACAAGUGGAUGGACUGCCAUAGCGAAGAAGUCUUGGAUCAUUUUGCAGUGCGCAUAACAACCGCUACUUGCUGAGGAGCUUGUGAUGGCAGUGUUGUGGAAGCUAUUGGCCGUGCACAAGCUUGUGAAUGUGUGUACGACAGUAGGACAACAGCAUUAUAGUUGGGGAAUUAUUGCUUCUAGAGCAUCGGGGUAUACCCCCUGUGUUCUACUCUGUCAGUUGCUCUCUUGAGGGAAGACUUCAGGACAAACACGUAUGCCUUUACCUUGCACCACAACUUCCUUUCAAAAAUCGUGUCAAAAGUCUAGCUGGGACGGAACCCGCAACCUA